AUGCCUCCAAAAGCUGACUGGGACAAAUACGUCGCCCCCACUGACGACGACAACGACGCUCCCACCGCCGCUCCGCUCUCGGAAGGCGACAUCCAGGUCCUAAAAACCUACGGCGCCGCCCCCUACUCCACACAGCUCAAGCAGAUCGAAAAAGACUUGAAGGACAUCGAAACGAGAAUCAAAGAUAAUAUCGGCAUCACCGAGUCCGACACGGGCCUCGCCGCGCCCCAUUUGUGGGAUGUGAUGGGAGACAAACAGAGGAUGUCCCUGGAACAGCCACUCCAGGUGGCCAGAUGUACUAAGAUCAUUGAGGCCACGAGUCCUCCUCCACAAUUGGAUUUCUUGGCCAACGCAGAUAACAAGCUGAAGUACGUGAUCAACAUCAAACAGAUCGCCAAGUUUGUAGUAGGCUUAGGUGAGCGAGUAUCUCCCACCGAUAUCGAAGAGGGCAUGCGCGUGGGUGUAGAUCGUCACAAGUACGAGAUUCAAUUGCCGUUGCCGCCCCGGAUUGAUCCUUCGGUGACCAUGAUGACCGUGGAGGAGAAGCCCGAUGUGACCUAUGGUGACAUUGGAGGAUGUAAGGAACAGAUCGAGAAGUUGCGUGAGGUGGUGGAGCUCCCGCUUCUCUCGCCCGAGCGGUUUGUGAAGUUGGGUAUUGACCCUCCAAAGGGUAUUUUGUUGUAUGGUCCUCCAGGAACCGGUAAGACCUUGUGUGCUCGUGCUGUGGCCAACAGAACCGACGCCACCUUCAUCCGUGUCAUUGGCUCGGAAUUGGUCCAGAAAUACGUUGGUGAGGGUGCGCGUAUGGUGCGUGAGUUGUUUGAAAUGGCCCGUACCAAGAAGGCAUGCAUUAUUUUCUUCGACGAAGUCGACGCCAUUGGUGGUGCCCGUUUCGACGACGGCGCGGGUGGAGACAAUGAAGUGCAAAGAACCAUGUUGGAGUUGAUCACUCAGUUGGACGGCUUCGACCCCCGUGGUAACAUCAAAGUCAUGUUCGCCACCAAUAGACCCAACACAUUGGACCCUGCUUUGUUGCGGCCGGGUAGAAUCGACAGAAAGGUCGAGUUCUCGUUGCCAGACUUGGAGGGUAGAGCAAACAUUUUCCGAAUCCACGCCAAGACCAUGAGUUGCGAGAAGGACAUCCGUUGGGAAUUGAUUUCCAGAUUGUGUCCAAAUGCCACCGGUGCGGAGUUGCGGUCUGUGUGUACCGAAGCGGGUAUGUUUGCCAUCCGUGCGAGACGGAAGGUUGCCAACGAGAAGGAUUUCCUCAAAGCUGUCGAGAAGGUCAUCAAGGGUAACUUGAAGUUCUCCUCCACGUCACAAUACAUGCAAUACAACUAG